AUGUCGCUUUUUGCGUUGAGACCAUUAUUGAAUAUUAUACCAUGUCGUUUGUUUUCACAAACAUGUAUUUUACCAUAUGAUAUCGAUCGAUUUAAAGGCGCUCGUGUUCGAAUUCAAGAUUGGCCCGAUGAUGCGAAAAUCAUAAGAGAUUCACUUUCUAUCUCACUUGAACAGUGGCGAAAAGAUAAACUCUCAUCUGUUUGGCUUUGGAUUCCAAUUGAGAAAGCACAUGUGAUACCAAUUGCUGCUGAAUUAGGAUUUAGCUAUCACAAUGCUGAAGAAAGAACAGCUGUAUUAAAUCAGUGGUUGUUACCCACAAAAUCUAUGAUACCAAGAUUUGCGACUCAUCAAGUUGGAGUCGGUGGUGCUGUUCUUCACAGUAAAACGAACGAACUACUUGUUAUUAAAGAACGUGUAAGAAAUCGUGAAAUUUGGAAGUUACCUGGAGGCUCUGCUGAACUUUCGGAAAAUAUCGCUGAUGGUGCCAUACGUGAGGUAUUUGAAGAAACAGGCAUUCUUUCGAAAUUUGAAUCAAUUAUUGGAUUUCGUCAGGCACAUCGAUAUCCGGGCGGUCAUGGUCGGUCUGAUAUAUAUUUUAUUUGCCGUUUAUCAUCUUUAACCGAUGCAAUAAACUUUGAUGCAAAUGAAGUUCUUGAUUGUAAAUGGAUAAAACUUGAUGAUGCAUUUAAAGUUGAAAAUCCUAUAUUACAUCGUACUGCUGAGCAAUUAUUAUUUGGCUUAAAACAUGGUUUUGAACAAUCGAUUGAUUUUCGAAUUGAAAAAAUUCCAUCUAUUGUUACGGGAAUAAAUUUUAAUCUUUUUACACGCUCAAUAAAAUCGAAUAAAUAG